AUGAGUUCCUUCAGCUUUGAGCCGUACUACUCGACUUCCUACAAACGGCGCUAUGUGGAGACGCCCCGGGUGCACAUCUCCAGCGUGCGCAGCGGCUACAGCACCGCGCGCUCCGCUUACUCCAGCUACUCGGCGCCCGUCUCCUCCUCGCUGUCCGUGCGCCGCAGCUACUCCUCCAGCUCCGGCUCCUUGUUGCCCAGUCUCGAGAACCUCGACCUGAGCCAGGUAGCCGCCAUCAGCAACGACCUCAAGUCGAUCCGCACCCAGGAGAAGGCGCAGCUGCAGGACCUCAACGACCGCUUCGCUAGCUUCAUCGAGCGCGUGCACGAGCUGGAGCAACAGAACAAGGUCCUGGAAGCCGAGCUGCUGGUGCUGCGCCAGAAGCACUCCGAGCCGUCCCGCUUCCGGGUGCUGUACGAGCAGGAGAUCCGCGACCUGCGCCUGGCGGCGGAAGACGCCACCAACGAGAAGCAGGCGCUGCAGGGCGAGCGCGAAGGGCUGGAGGAGACUCUGCGCAACCUGCAGGCGCGCUACGAAGAGGAGGUGCUGAGCCGUGAGGACGCAGAGGGCCGGCUGAUGGAAGCGCGCAAAGGGGCCGACGAGGCGGCUCUCGCCCGCGCCGAGCUCGAAAAGCGCAUCGACAGCCUGAUGGACGAAAUCGCUUUUCUGAAGAAAGUGCACGAAGAGGAGAUCGCCGAGCUGCAGGCGCAGAUCCAGUACGCGCAGAUCUCCGUGGAGAUGGACGUGUCCUCCAAGCCCGACCUCUCCGCCGCGCUCAAGGACAUCCGCGCCCAGUAUGAGAAGCUGGCCGCCAAGAACAUGCAGAAUGCCGAAGAGUGGUUCAAGAGCCGCUUCACCGUGCUGACCGAGAGCGCCGCCAAGAACACCGAUGCGGUGCGCGCCGCCAAGGACGAGGUGUCCGAGAGCCGCCGCCUGCUAAAGGCCAAGACCCUGGAGAUCGAAGCAUGCCGGGGCAUGAACGAAGCGCUGGAGAAGCAGCUGCAAGAGCUGGAGGACAAGCAGAACGCCGACAUUAGUGCUAUGCAGGACACAAUCAACAAAUUGGAAAAUGAAUUGAGAACCACAAAGGGUGAAAUGGCAAGAUACCUCAAGGAAUACCAAGACCUCCUCAAUGUGAAGAUGGCUUUGGACAUUGAGAUUGCAGCUUACAGGAAACUCUUGGAAGGUGAGGAGACCCGGCUCAGUUUCACCAGUGUGGGCAGCAUAACCAGCGGCUACUCCCAGAGCUCCCAGGUCUUUGGCCGAUCUGCCUAUGGUGGUUUACAGACCAGCUCCUACUUGAUGUCCGCCCGCUCCUUCCCAUCUUACUACACCAGCCACGUCCAGGAGGAGCAGAUCGAGGUGGAGGAGACCAUCGAGCCUGCGAAAGCUGAGGAAGCCAAGGACCAACCCCCCUCUGAAGGAGAAGCUGAGGAGGAGGAGAAGAAGGAAGAGGCUGAGGCUGAGGCUGAGGCUGAGGAAGAGGAGGGAGCCCAAGAGGAAGAAGCUGCCAAGGAAGAAUCUGAGGAGGCAAAGGAGGAAGAAGAAGGAGGUGAAGGCAAAGAAGCAGAAGAAACCAAAGAAGCUGAGGAGGAGGAGAAAAAAGAUGAAGGUGCUGGGGAGGAACAAGCCACUAAGAAGAAAGAUUGAACCCCCUUUCCUUAAUUAUUCCAGGAAUAAUUCUCCUGAAAUCAGGUCAACCCCAUCACCAACCAACCAGUUGAGUUGCAGAUACUAUAUGAAUUAAGAAGUCAAUAUAUGUAUAAUUCUGAGAUGACUCAGGUUGGGCGUUAAAUGUUGUGCUAUGACUUUUCUCCUUCCGCAGAGUAUCUGUUUGCUUGCAGAGUGGCUUCCUGGCUUGCUGCCAGCCU